UUCCCGUGUGUCACUUUCGACGAGGAAAUAUGCGACUUCGAUGCGUCUCAUGAGUUACGCUCCGUCUCACGAUACGUAUACUAAAGGGAUACACCAUUUUCAGGAAUGUCGCUAAUGAUCCGGGACAACGCCGGGUCAGGUUAUCUCGCCUUUCUAACUCCCUUACGUUGAGCUGGAUUUAUUUUCUCCCAUUCAAACCAUCUAGAAUGAAUUUUUGGGCUACCCCCGCAGGCCAAGAAGAGAACAACCGCAUUUUGCAGAUGAACGGCGCUCGAGAGAUGAGCUCACCUUUCAGCCGAGAAAGAUAUAUAGAAAGUACGGCCCUUGGGUAAUCGACAAAUAUUUAGAACGCCGCUUGAUCUGCACAAAUAUCUUUUCGAUCAUCGUCAUUAUCACCGUGUCAUUUUUACCCUCGGUCAAGUUCGUUCAAUCUAACUAUCUAAUUUUUGCAAACGAACGUGACGCGCGAUGUACCGGGCAGAUUUUAAUCAAAGAACCAGACUCGGCGGUGACCAAAUAAAUUUCGUCAUCCCGAUGCAAGUUCUCCGCUCGUAUAAAAUAGAAAAUGAUUCACCGCUCGUGCGGUUUUCGACGGAAAUACUCCGGAAGUUCUCCGACGUUUCGAGUUCCGUUCGCAUUGAUAAUAUUUUAAAAAGUCUUGGAAUCGAAUCACGAAGAGGUAUUCGAUGAACUUAAAAGAUACGACAAGAGAAAAGAGAAACUGAUCGAGUCAUAAAGCGACCCGUAGCUGACAAACGGAACAUCGUAUCCAUAGCGACAGGUAAUUUUUGUGCCCGGAGCGCGCCCUGUCACUUCACCUCCCGAGCUACCGGUUUCUCCUAUUUUCCGACAAUAGUUUUUCCCCCCAAAAGGUUUUAAAGUUAUUUUCUUGUACAAUACCGUUUUUCCUUUAGAACGUUUGAGAGGCGGCGCUAUCUGACUUGGACCAGUAAGACUGAACGCCACGCCCUAUAUCCACAAUCCAAUGAGACGAAAAUAGCAUAAUUUCCAAGCACAAUCUGCGAUAGUAGAGUUUCCAGACGCAAACGCAACCUGAAUCAGUAUUCAGUUAUCCACCGAGGCGUCUAUGCGGUGUUCUUAUAUUUAGAUGAACGUGAAUAGUUUCCCUCCAAGGAAAACGUUCACAAUUUUCGGGGAGUCACAGUGAUCUUCAACGGACCCAGAUCAUCCCACACGAAGGUCCAUCCUGUUACAGUUAUGAACAAAGAAGUCACAUUCUGUAAGGCUGCUGAAGCCCGAGCUGAAGAUAAGGCACAAGUUAAACUAGUCAGCAUCCUCUUCCGCCACGGCGAUCGCACUCCCGACGUAAGCAUAGGCGAAUCUUAUCCAACGCAACCCGAACUGGAUCCGAAAAAUAACUACUUUCCAGUUGGUCCAGGGGGUCUGACGAAUGAGGGUAAACUGCGGCUCUAUAACUUUGGACAAACGCUGAGAAAAAAAUAUGACAAAUUUCUGGGACCUCUUUAUUACCCCUCGGUGGUCGAAAGUCGCAGCACGGAUUACGAAAGAACAAAAAUGUCGCUCCAAUUGGUAUUGAACGGUCUCUUUCCUCCGGCACCGUGUCAGCAAUGGAGAAACGGGGUCGACUGGCAGCCAAUUCCUACCCUAUACGCUCGCAAAGAAGAUGACUGGAUUUUGCGUCCCGAUCUAAAUCCCAAAGCUCUCGCUGCGACCAAACGUUACGAAAAGACUCCGGAGUAUCAGAAACGCUUCUCUGAUAUGAAAGAGCUGGGAAAAUAUCUCGAGAAAAUCACAAACAAGUCGUACGAAAAUAUUUUGGACUUGGCUUUGCUGUACGUCACCCUUGCGAGGGAAGCCUCCAUGGGAAAGGAGCUCCCGGCCUGGAGCAAGGAUCUUUUUCCGAACGGUCGAUUGUUGAAGGCUGGCACCUUCUACUUUGACGCACAGUCCGUCAACGACGAAAUAAGGAGACUGCACGGAGGAGCGUUGCUGCGCAAGAUAACCGACGAUUUCGCGAGUUGUCGAAACGGGACUCUGGAAGAGGGUAAAAAGCUCUAUCUCUACAGCGCUCAUGAUUUGAACGUCGCGGGACUCCUCGGCGCUCUUGGGAUUUGGAAGUCUCACAUGCCGGAAUUUUCUAGCGCUGUCAUUAUCGAACUCCUGGAAUGUGACGGCGAAUAUUUUAUUAAGAUCAUCCAUUAUCUCGGGAUUCCGCCAACGUUCGUUGAAAUGCGACUCCCAGGGUGUGAAAAACUGUGCCCUAUGGAUAAAUUUAUGGACGUGCUGAAGCACGUCAUCCCGACGGAUGAAGAUUUGAAUCGCACUUAACAUAUCAAUUUUGUAAAAUGCUCAUACCGAGGUAAUUCAUCCUCCUGAGUUGGGCAAUAUAUAAUCUUUGGGACACGUUAAUGAUACUUGAGUCUUCGUAUAUAGUAUUGUACCGUAAAAGAAAUAAAUUAAUUGAAUCUA